UAGCUCUCUCUCUCUCUGUGUGGUUGAAAAUGGGAAGGAAAUGCUCUCAUUGUGGGAAUAUUGGUCACAAUACAAGGACUUGUAGCACCAUUCACAGGGGAAGUAAUUCUUGUGGGCUGAGGCUAUUUGGGGUGCAACUUGAGACACCAUUUGCCAUGAAGAAGAGUUUUAGCAUGGAUUGCUUGUCAGCUUCUUCGUCUUUGAGUUUGACUUCUUCAUCAACACCCUCCUCUUCUACAUCUUCACGGAUCUCCAUAGGUGAAAACCUUGAUAGAAUGUCUCAUGGGUAUCUAUCUGAUGUCCAUAUCGGACGAUCUCAAGAGAGAAAAAAGGGGGUGCCAUGGACGGAGGAGGAGCACCGUGCAUUUCUGGUGGGGCUGGAGAAGCUGGGCAAGGGUGACUGGAGGGGCAUCUCUAGGAAAUUUGUGACUACAAGAAGUCCAACUCAAGUAGCCAGCCAUGCACAAAAGUAUUUUCUUCGACAGAACAGCUUCAACAAGAAGAAGCGUCGGCCUAGCCUCUUUGAUGUGGUUGGGAGGCAUAAAUUAAAGAGCCUGGAAAUAAAUACAAAUAGUUUUGUGGCCAAUGAAACUUCCAUUUCAUGUGGCUUAUCAUCAAAGACAAAUGCUUCCAUGAUAGAUUUCAGUACCUUGGAGCAAGAUUCAAAGUCCGUAAGGCUUUCGUUACCGGUUUGGCCUUAUGGAUCGUUGGAAUCCCAGUUCAGUACUGCUUCCAAUUUAAAUAAGUCCACUGUGCAAAGCGCAAAACCUGAUCUCGAGCUUUCACUUGCAGCACCAACGCCACUGAAUCAAAGUAAAACUUCCCCGGGUUGCCUCGUAGCAGGACCAAUUAGUGUGGUCUGAAACAUAAUUUUAAAAAAAUCUCGGGGCAAAUAAAUGAACAUUAAUUCCAUUAUGUGAAUGUAUCCACAUUUACAGUCCCAGGCUCUCUCCUGCUAGACUGCAACGUAAACUCAGGAUGUUUUUAUCAUCAUAAGGAAGAAGUAAGAGUACUUAUUUCAGUAUAUAUACAUAUAUAUAGACAUAGCUAUAAGCUUGGUUAUAAAGGUACCAUCCAUGCACCUAUUAGCAAGGACUUGGCUUUCCUGUAGAGAGAAAGUAAUGCAGUCAAAAGUACCUCAAUAUGAGCUAAAUUUUCUGCAAUGUCAUGCAGCCCAGCAAUUUUUCAUGUAAUUAUAGUUUUUCCCUAGGUCAAGAAUGUUUGGAUGAUGUAAACUGAGCACAGUGCUUAUAAUUACUAUUCAGAACUUGGG